AUGGCGGCCAAACCAAGCUCGUCCAUACUCAACUCGUUCAAACUCAUCCAAUGGACCUGCUUUGCCAUGGAAUCUUUGAUAUUCGACGAAUUGCGAUGGGGCAUGAUCUUCGACCCCACCUACUCGGACAAAUCUCCCUCACUGCAGCUGUACGAACCCACGAAAAGUUUCGCCACCAACUGCGACAUGAUGGAGAAAAAGCUCAAGGCACUCAGCUGCGGCCUCGCAGAGGUCGUACAGUCAUCCCGCAAUAUCAAGUUCCAGCUCCCUGGAUCUCGCACAGAGACCGUACCGUGCCGUGUUGUACAGGUCAUCCAUCACACCGUCAAGGAUUUCUUCAUCCAAGGGGGUUUGUCAACUCUGCAAAGAUCUCAGGAUCCGACCAGGACUGAGACCAGUGAGGCAGAUCUGGAAGUCACCGCACAUUCCCAGCUGUCUAGGACUUGCAUACGCUACUUUUCAUCGAGAUCAUACAGUUAA